AUGCAAAGAAACAAGGAGUCAAGUGACCACUUUCGACGUGGAAUUACGCGAGUUAUCACCGAUUUUGUGAUGGCGACCGUACAGUUGGCGCCACCUUUUCACGAAUCUGUGCACAAUGCCUGCCGUCUCAAGAUGUACUGCGAGGCGGCGAACGGCACGGCCGAAGACCUGCAAGAGCAAGCAGCCUACGGUGAAGGUGGUUUUCAUGUGGAAGACCUCCUGGCUGCCCGUGCUGUCAACGGGCAGCAUCAAAUCCUGGUCAAGCGGCUCGGCCUCGAAGACGAAGAGGCAUCAUGGGAACCAGCCCUCAACCUGUAG